UGUUGCUAAGGGCUCCCUGGAAUAGUAACACCGGCUGGAGGCCCUCGGCCGCGGCAGGCAUCGGAGCUGCAGGGAGGAUUGACUCGGAGCAGAUGUGACUCCCCGCCUGGCUGGGCCCCCUGAGCCAUGGCUGACACCAUCUUCGGCAGUGGCAGUGACCAGUGGGUUUGCCCGAACGACCGGCAGCUGGCCCUGCGAGCCAAGCUGCAGGCCGGCUGGUCCGUGCACACCUACCAGUCAGAGAAGCAGAGGAAGAGCCAGCGCCUGAGCCCAGCGGAGGUGGAGGUCAUCCUGGCGGUGAUUCAGCGGGCGGAGCGGCAGGACGUGCUGGAGCAGCAGAGGAUUGGGCGGCUGGUGGAACGGCUGGAGACCAUGCGGCGCAAUGCGAUGGGGGAUGGCCAGUCCCAGUGCCUGCUCUGUGGGGAAGCGCUGGGCCUCCUGGGCAGCGCGUCCGUGUUCUGCAGAGACUGCAGGAAGAAAGUUUGCACCAAGUGUGGCAUCGAGGCCUCCCCCGGCCACAAGCGGCCCCUGUGGCUGUGUAAGAUCUGCAGUGAGCAGAGAGAGGUCUGGAAGAGGUCGGGAGCCUGGUUCUUCAAAGGGCUCCCCAAGUACAUCCUGCCACUCAAGACUCCCGGCCGGGCGGAUGACCCCCACCUCCGACCUCUGCCCGUGGAGCCAGCCGAGCAGGAGCCCCCCCGGAGCACAGAGACCAGCCGUGUGUACACAUGGGCCCGAGGACGAGUGGUUUCCAGCGACAGUGACAGUGACUCAGAUCUCAGCUCCUUCAGCCUGGAAGACACACCACCGCCCCCCAGGGUCAGGGACCUGAAGGACGACAGGGAAGCAGGUGGCAGCCCGGCGUCCCCCAGAGCAGGGUUCACCUACCCAGCCAGCCACCUCUCCGGGAGCCAGAGCAGCCUGGCCAGCGAGGCGGGAACCGGCGGUACAGACCCUCAAGGGGGCACCCCACUCUCAUCAGACACUAAGGGAUCUGGCCAAAGGCGGCCCCGGGCAGGUCCCCGCCGUUGACGGGACCCCACAUCCCCCUCCGAGCCGAGCAGCAGAGGCCUGCUGGGGGCCUGGCACCCACGACCCAGCGCAGGUGACAGAUGACGUGGCACUGCUCCCUCCGCCCCGGACGCCACCUCUGACCCCACAGACCAGUGUUUGGGAGCCCGAGUCUGCUCCCCCCACCAGUGCCUUUCGACGCCCCCUCUCCCACCUCCCCAGCCCCACCACGCAUCCCGGUCUUUCUUUAUUGUUCUCUCACUCCAGCCCUGGUACCUGGGGUCCACCUCACUGCUUGCUUCUCUCGGGUCGGCUGGGGGCUGCAGACCCUGCCACAGGGUACACUCCCUCUCCAGGACCCUUCUCUUGCUCUGCACACGGGGAACAAAAACCCCCACUUCAGAGCUGAGUGAGGGGCAAGAGCACAGGUGAGGUGAGCAGACCCCCAUGUGUCCCCGCAGCUCCAGGGCAGAGGGGGCACUGUGGUUUCUAGACCCCCCCCCGGGAUGGCCUUCCCAGAUCUCUGUCUCCCCUGAUUUUUUUCUGCUGGGAAGGGUCCUGCUGACCCCUGAACCCCCCACAGUGGAGCAGCUGAGCUGAAACUACCCUAAGUCACUCACUCUUCUCGUCCUUAGGAUUAGUUUGUCAUAAAAAUAUAUAUAGAAUAAAAUUUAAAAUCCUGAGAUGGAGCAAUAGUACAGCAGGGAGGUGCUUGCCUUGUGUGUGGCUGACCCAGGUCAAUCCCCAACAUCCCACACGGUCCCCUGAGCCCUGCCAGGAGUGAUCUCUCAGCACAGAGCCCGGAGUAACCCCUGAGCACAGCUGGGAGUGGGCCAAAACAGGCAAAAAGUUUUUAAUACAGAGCCUUAAUUCGAAGCUCAGGCAAGGCCGGGAGGCGGCUCUGGGCUAGUGCAUGGCCUCCCCGGGUGAGGUCUGGGCACUGUCCCCAGGACCACCAGCCAUAGUGGCCCCAACAACAACCACAGCAGAAAAAUAGAAUGAAAGGAGCAGAUGCUUCUGGAAACCCCUUCCCUGAGAGCAAGCCUGAGAAUGUGGUUUGUGUGUCUGGGUCCCACCCACCCCUCCUCGUCCAGUCCUGGAAGGGCCACCCACCCCUCCUCCGAUCCUGGAAGGUCCUUCUCAGCCAAGUUCUCAGCCCCCUCAUUUGCUACUUUGUCCUUGUCCCUGGUAGACACUGAAGAAAAACAGCAUAUCUCUGUGGCAACCUAUGCUUCAGA